CCGAGCGUGUAGUAAGUUAUUUGUAAGAAGGACGUCACCUUUUGAUUGUUGGGGAGGCGCUAUCACGCGAUACAGGCUUCGCAGCGACAUAAAUGUACUUGGCAACAAAAGCAUAGCCAAGGCCUGACCUCGAGGCGGAGCCGAUACCUACACAAUCAUACUGAGCAUAAAAUGAGACGACACGUCAUUUGCUGAGCGCAAAGCCGGCUCACAUGGAAGUCCUCUCCGGUCGCGGACAGGCGCCAGCACCUCGAGGAGCUGGCGACCACGGCGACCCCAGCCGCGCAGCGGCGGACUUGCGGGGCCGGCCUCGCCCAGCGCCGAGCCUCGAGGUGCCCUCACAGCCCCAUCACUCCUUACCAUUGCUGUCUCCGAACUCACAGCAGCACCUGGGCGGCGGUGGGGCCGUGGGCCACAGUGCGGGGUUUGGCCUGCAGCGACAGGGAAGCGGCCACGCCAGCCGCACGGCCGUCGGCUACCACCACGGCGCAGGCCACGGUCCCGCCGGUCCCGGCAACAGCACCAGCUCCGGUAGCAAUGGGCUGGGGUCUCGCGCCCUGCCCAGAACCGACAGCAUCGGCCGGGAGGCAGGCGGCCGCGGCUUGGCCUUGGGGCGGCCCACGGCGCCGCUAGCUGGGGCCCUAGGUGCGGGCGCCUUCAUGGCCGCGGAACGAGACCUGCGGGCUGCUGCGGCGCUGCUGCAGGCCCAGGCGCCGGGACAGAGGCGGCCCGGCGCCGCCUCGGGAGCUGGCGCGGCUUCUGGCGCCGGUGCUGGCGCAGCUUCUGGCGCCGGCGUGUCCGGCAUAGGCCGCUUUGCCGGCAGCAGCAGCAUGCGGGCUGCGGCGGUAGCAGGUGGAGGCAGCGGCAGCGGCAGCGGCAGCGGGAGCAGCAGUACUGCUGGCGCCGGCGCCGACAAUGGCGCGGGCUCGGGCUCGGGCGCGGGGCGGCUUGGCUCCCGGCUGACCGGCGGGCUAGGAGCGCCGCGGCAGGGCGGACUGGCGCGGCGGGGCGGGCCUGUUGCAGAGACAGGCCUGUGCCAACACACUCAGCCGCCGCCCACCUGUCUUUGCCCCACAGGGCCCGGCAGUGCAGCCGCACGCGCGGCGGAGGACCGCCUGGCAGCCGCCGCCGCACUCGGAACGGACGCCUUGGGAGGCGCGGCCGAGGCCGGCGGGAUGCCGGGCGGAGCAGCUGGCAGCGGCUUGGGGCUUGCCCUUGCGAGGCGGCCCUCGUCGCCCUCAGCUGCAGGGCCUGCUUGCCCUGGGCCCGCGUCCCCGGGCUCUCCACCUUGGCUGCCCAGUGCGUCUUCCACCGGGGCCAUGGGCGGCGGCGGCGGUGGGGGCGGUGGCGGCAGCGCGGCCGCGGCACUGGCAGGUGGCCUACUUGAUCCGUUCACACUGGCGUUCGGCGGCCUUGCUGUGCUGAGUCCCACAGCUGCCGGUCGCGGCGGUGGCGGCGGCGGCGGCGGCGGCGGCGCUGCUGGCCGCGGCUUCACGCCGCCGCAUGCCGCGAGCGGCGGCUCCCGCGCGGGCGGUGGCGGCGGUGCCAGUGGCGGGUGCGAGGCCUCGCGGCCGGUGCUGUCACUGCCUUCACCCUCGCCGCCCGCGCCGCUCCGGAGUCUGUCCUCGGCGGGGUUGCAUCCGCCAUCUCCUGGCCGCAACCACGCAACGGUAGCAUCCACAUCCGCAUCAGCGUCGGCGGCCGCAGUGGUACCGGCAGCAGCAUCUGCCCCCGCGCUCCCAGCGGCUCCCGCAGGGCCUCCGGCAGCAGGGGGCGCCACGUCGACAGCAGCACCGCCACCCGUGUCCCCGGCUCCCAACGGGCUCGGUCCCGACGUGCGUAGAAGGCUGGCCUCCGAUUUCGAGGCAUCGGCCGCUCUGGCCGCAGCCGCAGCGCUUGUAGGAGGGUCGACAUCCUCAGCAGCAGCAGUAGCAGCCGCACAACCAUCCACCAUCCAUCAUCCUGUCUCAGCAUCACCAUCAGCUGUAGCGGCAGCGCUGGCGGACGGCUCGUCAGCAGCCCCCCACCACUUUAGGACAGCUGUGGCGCCCGCAGGCACGGGCCACCAUUCAUACCUAGCAUCAGGCGGAAGAGCCGCAGCAGCAGUAGCGGAAGCAUACGCGGGGGCAUCGGGGCCUGGCUCCCCCCUCAUAGCAAGGAGCCAUCACCACCAGGAGCCCUUGUACAGUGCCAGCGCCCAUGUAGGCUUAGGCACGGGUGCAGACGCGGCCGGCUUGGCGGAUGCGCCUCGGCCAGGCACGCGGCCGCCCUUGGCACGAACUGUAUCGACCGGCAACCGGGAUGCGCCGGGCGGCACAGGAGACAGCGGUGGCAGCAGUAGCGGCAACAGCAGGGCGCCGGCGUCAGCGCUGGCUGCAGCCGGCAGCGGUGCGGCGGCGGCGGCGCGGCGGCGGCGCGGCGGCGAGGACCGAGACGGCGUUGGUCUUGCCCCGGCUGCGACCUCAGCCGCUGGUGGCGCGGGCGUUGGCGGUGCCGGUAGUCGGCAGCGUGGGCUACUGCAUGGCGUCGGCGACGGCGUACACGGCGGCCACGGCGGCCACAGCGGCCACUUUGGCCUGGGCGCUAUUGGCGGCGUGUUUGGGCGCGGCGGCGGCACGUCAUCAACACGGGACCCUUCGCCCAGCAGCCUUACCAGCAUGGACAGCAGCGGCAGCGGCAGCAUGGCGGCUGGCUUUGGCGGCGGCGCGGCGGCCCGGCGGCGCAGCAGCGGCACCAUCGGCGGCGGUGUCAGCGGCGCUGGAAGCAACUUGCGAGGCAUGAGCAUGGGCGUAGCCGGCAGCAAUCUGCGCCGCGGCGGCGCCACAGCCAGCGGCGGCUCCGACGCAUCUGGUCCCACACAUGGUAACACCAGCUUUGCGGCAAGCCGUACAGCCGGCGGCGGCGCGCCGACAGGCCUCGGCCGGGCCGGCGGCGCCGCCACUCGGCUCGUGUACGACCGCCGCAGCGACGACAGCGACAGCGACGUCGGCGGCUACGAUGGCCACGGCGGCAGGUAUGGUGGCGGCGCAGCCGCCGCCGCCGCCGCCGGCGGCAGUCAGGUGCGGCUGCCCCAGCGCAUGUUCCGAGUGCACGCCAACCCGCAGCCGGAGGCCACGACGUUUGGGCCGGCUCGGUCCAUUGGGCCGGCGCGGCCGCCGCCAGGGCUGGCGGCGGCGGCGCACGGCGCGCGGCUGGGGUCGAUGGGCGUGCGGCGCGGCCCGGGGCCGGUUGUGGCCAGCGGCGGCGACAGCGAUGACGAUGGAGUGGUGGGCGGGGCGCUGGCGCUUGGCGGCGGCGGAACGGGCUCCGCCGCCGCCGGCUUCCAGGAGCGCUUCCUGGCGGACCUGCGGCGGCGCGACACGGAGCGGGCGGCGCUGCUGCAGCUGCUGGUGGCACCGGGCGGCCAGGAGGAGCUGCUGCGCCAGGCGGAGGAGGCGCAACUUGCUAUGGCCCUGAUGCUGUCGCUCCAAGAGGCGAAUGGCGCCCCGAUGGGCGCAGCGCCAUCCACAAACGGCGGCGGAAUGGGGCCCGGCCUCGGCUUCGGCUCUGGCUUCGCCGCCGCUGCCGCGCACCUGCCGCUAGCUCUACACGGCGGCGCAUUGGUGGGGCUGGCGGGGGCCGGCUUCGGCGGCGGCGGCGGCAUGGUGGUGCCGCUGGGCCCUGCUGCGUACGGUGGCGGUUACGCCGGCGGCGGCGGCGGCGGUUACGGCGGCGGCGGCUUCCAUGACGUGGCUGCUGGCGGCCCUGGUGGCGCUGGCGGCGGGCCGAGCUAUGAAGAGCUGUUGGCUCUGGAGGACGUCAAGGUCACAACACCUCAGGAGGUGCUGGAGGCGCUGCCGCGCAGUGUGUACGACGGCCACGUGGACAGCGCCUGCGCCAUCUGCCAGUGCGACUACGAGCCGGGCGACGCGCUGGUGCGCCUGCCCUGCUGCCACCAGUUCCACCAGCGCUGCGCGGUCAAGUGGCUGGGGGACUACUCCAAAAAGUGCCCGGUGUGCAAGUUUGAGGUGGCAUGAGGUGUGCGUGUGCCGGUGCGGAUGGGGAUGCACCGAGCCACCCGGUGCUCGCGGGCGCUUUGCGGAUUGCGAACUCCGGCACGUUGGGAGACUGAGAGGCUGCGACCCCUCAGCCCGGUGCACGGCCGCGCGGUAUGGCUUCAGCCAUGCGGCAGUGCGCCUCUCCAUAGGCGCGCCUCACGGCCUCCGGCGGGUGCGGCGCCGCCGCGUGCAGUACGCAUUUGUCCGCUCACAGCGGUUGGACAGUGCGUGCAGUACGCAUUUGUCCAGACACAGGGCGAUGAGUCACGACGCCGCACGUGACAGCACACCUACACGGCGCUGCGCAAAGCCGGCCUAUUUGCAUCAUGGGGCUUUGACAAUGUCAUCAGUCUUGCCGCAACCGCGGACACACAGGGUUGACCGCUGCUGGCAGUUUGGCUGGUGGCUGAGUAAGCGUGUACUGUGCUGCGCGCUUGACUAUAAAUGAAGUUUUUUAGAAUUGUUGUGCUGUUCAUUUCACUUUGUAUAUGUUGUUGUUCCAGGCCGCUAGUCGCAGACUGCGCUGGCUGACCGGACCUCGUUUGCCUUUCCUAUGGUAUUGAAACACACAAGUGAUUAGGUCUAUUCCAGGUAUAGUAUUGAAACGGCUGGGUCGUUCCUGAAGUGGUCCAGUCGCUUUCCGGCCGUUCGUCUUUUUUUAGGGCUGCCGCGUUCUAGCGCAGGGGCUAUUGUCAUGAUAUGCGUUAUGCGUUGCUUUCUACGGCGAGUUCCACGGUACUCGCGACACCCGAACUGGGAAUAGAAAUACGUUCAGGCCAGCACAGGGUAUGGUGCUGGGUAUAUGAUAGAAUAUAAGAAAUAGAUCU